AUGGACACUGGUCAUCUGUCGCACCAAGUCACAACCAUCAUCGACCAACUGCAUGGCUUCUUUGACGAGAUUGGUCUUCCCACACAUGAACGACACGAGCGAGAGUCGGAGCUGUUUGCUGCUCUGUCCGAAACACUAAACAACCAGCUCAAGCUGGUCGCAAAAGAGAAACAUGACUUGACAGAUGAGGCCCGUCGCCUGAUCAAGUCAAUUCGCCAGAUCGAGGCCGCCUUGGUCGACGACAAGUCCCACCGCGAGAGCGACUAUCAGGAUGAACAUCUCUCCAUCACCCUCCCACUGCGCGAUUGCAUCACGUCUCUCAAAGACAAGCACAAUACCGUUUCCAUGAUCCACCGCGAACGCUACGAUCAGAUCAAAAAGCUUGCCGAAGCGCUCGAAUCCUAUGCCUCGCACCUCGAGCCCGCCUUUGUCACUGUCAAACUUCCUUACACCUCGCCCAGUUCCAAGAUUUCUCCAUCUUUCGAUGUCUCGCCCUCGUACGUCACCUCUCUGGACAAUGCCUUCACCCGCGUCUACGAAGAAUACAACAAGCGUCUAGUCACAGUACAAACUCUGGCAGAGGAGAUUAUCAUGCUCUGGGGUGAGCUCGGUACUCCUCAAGCCCAGAUCGACAGCGCCAUUGUUAAGCACGCUCGUAACGCUCCCGAACAACUGGGCCUACACCUUGAGGAUCUGAACCGACUGAAGAGCAAGAAGGAAAAGCUGCUGGCCGAGAAACGCAAUCGUGAGAUCAGACUUGAAGAGCUCAAAGAGGCGGUUGAGACGUUAUGGGACAAGCUGGGUGUCGAAGAGAGUGAGCGCAAACCUUUCUUGGCCAGUAACAGAGGCUGUGGUCUGCGCGCUAUGAACGAGUUCGAGGAUGAGCUGGCUCGUCUGAACGAGCUGAAACGCCAGAACCUACACCUGUUUGUCGAAGAUGCGAGAUUCAAGUUACAGGAGCUUUGGGAUGGUCUUUACUUCUCCGAAGAAGAGAUGCUCGAGUUUACCCCAGCCUUUUCAGCAGAUGUCUACUCGGAUGCGCUCCUCGAGGCUCACGAGGCCGAGAUCGCUCGACUUGAAGCACUCAGAGAGCAACGUGCGCCGACCCUUGCCAUGGUGGACAAGUACCGCUCGCUGGUCAAGGAUCGCGAUGAUCUGGCCGCUUCUUCGCAGGAUGCCUCUCGCUUGAUGCUUCGUGGUCAAAAGGGCGAGAAGCGUGACCCUACCCGUCUCUUGCGAGAAGAGAAGAUGCGCAAGCGUAUCGCCAAAGAGCUGCCCAAGGUCGAGAGUGAUUUACGCCAGAUCCUCGAAGAGUGGGAGGAAGAGUACGGGCGUCCCUUCCUUGUCCACGGCGAACGUUACCUGGACGAGCUCGAGGCCACUUCGCAAAAGCCGGCAACCCAAGGUUCGGUGCGAUCCAAGACUCCAUCGAUUCCUCCUCGCGCAAAGACGCCGUCGUCAAUCCCGCCUUCGACUGUCCGUCCCAAGUCUGCAGCUGCUGCCGCUCCAACCACCGCCAUCAAAACCCAGACAUUGCGUGGUCCUCCUCGAUCCAAGACUCCUACCGCCUCACGCAAUCCUUUGGCCUCGUCUGUCAUGGGUCCUCCCUUGUCCAAUUCAUCGUCUAACUCCUCGUUUGCAGCUUCGGUCGGUCCGGCUAGUCUCCGUAGUCCAUCCAAGAUUCCAGGCCGUCAGCCCCUGAGCAGUAUGCUCCAAGCUGGCAAUUCAACCGCACGUCGCCCUCCACCUGGACCUUUGGGUCAUUGUAGAACAGAGUCGGACAGCAGCACUCUUCGCAGCCGUAUGGCCCCACCACCGCGACCCAUGCCCUUGUCACGCGAUUUCUUCUCACCCCCCGAGACCCCAUGUCCAGUCAAUAACGCCGACAUGUCCUUCGAGCGUAGCGGCAGCAUUAUACGUCACAUGAGCCCUGAAGACCCUUACAGUGACCGCAGCUCAUUGCGCUCCAUUCGCACAUUCCAAUCUACAGCUUCUUCACGUCCGGCGUCCCAAGCCACGCAACAUCAUGUAGCAGCGGCACCGCGACCCUCACCACGCUUCGAAUACCCUGCUGCACCGCCAGCACCAGCCAUGGCCCGACAAACGUCCAACGCCUCGUCCGUUGAAACUGCCAGUUCAGCCGUGUCUGGCUCUGAGAAUUGGGAGACAUAUACCGAUGCUUCUGACGAUGAGGAGCCCGAUGCCCGAAUGGCGUAUUAUGCCAAAGUCCGCACGACCAAGCGUGAAUCGCCUGACGAUAGUGCGUACGGAGGUACUGGCAAGGGCUUUGGCGCCAAAGUUCGAGCAAUAGGUGUCUCAGACGACGGCACCGAGGCCGCCUGGUCUGAUGUAGGCGAGACGUUUUGA